AAUUUGUCAUUCGUAAGUGAAGGUACAACAUUCACAAAACACACAGACCCAGCAGCGAGCUAAAAAAGUAAGCGAAAUAACGAACUAACAUACACCUCUUAGCUGACAGUCCAUUCAUUUUAGUCUGUCAGUUAGUUAGUUAUACAGCCAAAACGUCAGCAGGCAGAGUACCACCUAUAUGUGUUUUUGAAAAUCGUGGCCGUCGUAGUAGUAUUUGCUGGUUAUUGCCGUCAGUCAGUCAGUGAAUGAGUGAGUGAGUGAAUGACUGACGUAAACAAAUCUAUUUCGUUAGCCAGUUGUACAAUUGUCGUCGGAUUUGAACAAAUGAAAAAUCUUGAACAAAUAAAACACAACUAAAUGAGCAAAAAAAAAAAAAAAAAAAUCCCUCAUACGCGCGCGCAUUUCAUUUGUAAAUUAAAUGUGUAAAAAAAUCUACAAAUAAAUAAGCAAAAAGUAAUACAAAUAGAAAAAAAGAGCAAAAUAUACAAAAAAAAUAAGCCAGAAAAAUAGAAUCCCCAGUAUAUAAAGUUAUAUUUAAGUGUGAGUAUGUAUCAAUAAAGAGCUGCUGCCAGUUGAAAUGGCAUAAUAAAAAGAAAUAAUCAUAAAAAAAAAGAAAAACAAAAAAAGAAACGAAAGAAAUAAUUUAUAUUUGUAAAAGUGUCUUUGCUCCCCUUAUUACAAAUACCCAUACAACUGCAAACAUACAUACAUUUGUACAUACCUACAAAUACAUACAUAUAUAUAAUAUUUUUUUUUGUACAAUUGUGUUGUUGUUUUCCAUUUCCAUUACGUUUGGUGUUUUUCGGUUACGAUUGCUUAACGUUUUCCAGCAAUAAUCAUACGUCGUGUGACACGCCGUCGGUUAACAACAUCAUUAUAACGCUUGUCGUCAUCGUCUCUCAUUUGUUUGCUACUACGGUUCGUCUAUAUGAUACGUUUUGUCGCCGCAAAUAAAUACUUAAUAACGGUUGUUUAAAAAAGUUCAUUUCCGUUUUAGCGCAACAACAACAACAAGAGAAAAACAUAUUUUUAAUUGCAAAACUAUUUAACUGUCUCACAAAUACUUAUAAAGAAAUUACCAUUCAAAUAAAUAAUUUAUAAAAAUUAAUUAAAAUAAAUUUUUAUUUACUACAAACAAAAAAAAAAAAUUGUUUAUUUAAAAGAAAAAUAAAACAAAUUUCUUUGAAAGAAAAAUAAACCUAAAAAAAAUUAGUUAAAAAAUUUAAUAACAAAAUUAAUUGAAAUAAAACUGUUUAAAACUGAAUAUAAAUAAUUAAUUACAAAAAAGAUUUUUACAAAUUAAACUGAAAUUUAAAAAAGUGUUAAAAAAUUUUUCAUAAACAGUGAUAAAGUGUUGCAAAAAAUAAUGUCUUUAAAGACAUUUUCAAAAUAUAAUGAAUUCAAACUGUGAUAACACAAAAUAUCUGAAUAUAAGUGAAAAGAAUCAAAGCUCAACAAAUGGUUUGGACUAUGAAAAGUCGACCUCGGCAUUAAUAAAUUUCAAACGUGAAUAUCUUUAUAACGCCACUAAGAAAGCGGCAAUGAACAAUACGAGCAACAGCAGCAACAACAAUAAUAAUAAUAAUACAAUUUUAAUCAAUAACAAUCACAACAACAACAACAACAAAAGUCCUUUACAUCAAAAACUUAGUCCUACACAUUAUAGUAAUAUUCUUAACAAUAAUAAUAUAAUGAAUUCAGCCACCAUGCUGAUGCAUCAUCAGCAGCAACAACAACAACAACAGCAGCAACAACAAAACGGUGGACGUGAUAAUAGCAGUAGUCGUGGUACUGAUAGAGGUGAUGAACGUCCCAAUGGCAGAUCUUCACAUACCGGUCGUGGUUCCAGUUGUUCACCAGCCUCUUCACCCACACGCCACCCCAGUGCUGUCAGCCCUGUUACUUCACUUAACCACUCAAUGAUGCAACAAAUGCAACAGCAACAUCAUCAAUUAAGCCCACCACCACAUGUGGGUGGUGUACCCACACCGAACGGUUUACCCGCCGGUCUACCACCACGUAUGCCCCAUGGUUUGCCACCCCAUUCGUUGGGUUUGCUCAAUUCCCUACAAAUGAUGCAUCAUGCCUCGCCGCUAGAACUAAUGGCGGCGGCUCAUCAUCAUGUACCACCACGCACCUAUAAUAGCCCGCCACCCAUUUCCACCUCAGAUCCCAGUGCCAAUGAGUGUAAAUUGGUAGAGUAUCGUGGUCAGAAAGUUGCCGCUUUUAUUAUAAGCGGUGAGACAAUGUUGUGUCUGCCGCAGGCUUUUGAAUUGUUUCUGAAACAUUUAGUCGGUGGCCUACAUACGGUGUAUACGAAACUGAAGCGUUUAGACAUUGUGCCGUUGGUGUGCAAUGUUGAACAGGUGCGAAUAUUGCGCGGUUUGGGUGCCAUACAACCAGGGGUGAAUCGUUGUAAGCUGUUGUCGUGCAAAGACUUUGAUAUACUGUAUCGUGACUGUACAACUGCCAGAUGUUUAUCGAUUAAACCACCAGAGAGUAACUCUCUGCAAUUCCGCAGUUCCAGACCGGGUAGACCGCCAAAACGUGGACCAGUAGGCUUAUCCUUGCCACCCACCCAUCUCAGCCAGCAUCCACAAUUGAAAAAGCAUCGUCUUGAUAAUGGAGAUUAUCCCUAUGAGAAUGGUCAUAUAACAGAUAUGAAUCGUUUGGAAAAAUCUCCUCUCUUAGCCAAUGGCUAUAAUCCCCCGCCUAUUAAUCACAUGGCAUUUAUGCAAAUGAAUCAUCAUCCCGGUUCGGCUCUAAUGUCACCCGGUAUGCCUCCUCAUGGUCUUCAUGCCCGGCCCGACAGUCAAAUGUUAAAGGCAGCCGCUCAAAGUGGCAUGUCGGCAGCAAAUAUGGAUGCUUUAGCUAGGUCCGGUAUAUGGGAGAAUUGUCGGGCAGCUUAUGAAGAUAUUGUUAAGCAUUUGGAAAGACUUCGCGAGGAGCGUACCGAUGAACGUCAACAAAUGAGUGGAGUUGGUGGCGGUGUUAUUGGUGGUGAACAAAAGCCCCGUGAUUUAAGUUCACGUAACUGCUCUCCCAAUCGUCAAAGUCCUGUGUUAAAUCUUUCCAAAUCGGGUGGUAACACCGAUCAGGGUAGCAAUUGUGAUGAGCGUAGUGAACGUAGUGAUAUGCAUUCCCCAGCCCAUUCGGUACGUGAUGAUAGUAUAGAACGCAACAGUGGUCGUAGUGUUGGAGACAUAGUAGGUGGUAAUGGCACACAUAUGGAUGAAGAUGAAGAUAUUGAAAAUCUAAGUGAUGACAAUGUAUCGGAAGUUGAUGAUAGAAUGGGCAAAGAUGAUGAAGAUCUAAGUGAUGUUGAACGCGAUAACCAUUCUCCUGCCUCACAACGUCUUCAGCGCGCCCACAAUAUGCCCCAUCACAAUGCCUCGCUGGUGGGUUCGGUAGAUCGUGUCUCGGUGAAUGUCUUAAGCGAACAUGAUCCUACUCAUCCAGCUUUGCAACAUGGUUCUCCCUCUCACAAUGCAGCCGUCGCUGCCUUGCAACAUCAACGUGCUUUAAAUUACUCCACUUUAGCGGCGGCAGCUGCGGCAGCCAAUGGUGGUGCUAAUGGUCCUUCGCUACCCGUGUCCGGCAGUGGUGGUGCUCUAACACCCAACGAAGCUUUAUUGGCAGCAAGUGAUGCUUCUACAGCGGCUGCCGCCUUAGCAGCAGGAGGUCUGACACUCGGCCCACUAGCCAUGGAUCCUGGUGUACCCUCUUCCACCGAAACUUUACUGCGUAAUAUACAAAGUCUUUUGAAAGUGGCGGCAGAUAAUGCACGCCAACAGGAACGAGCCAUAAGUUAUGAGAAAGCUGAAUUAAAAAUGGAUGUUUUACGUGAACGUGAAGUUAAAGACUCAUUAGAAAGGCAAUUAGUUGAUGAGCGGAAAUUAAGAGUACUCUAUCAAAAACGUUAUAGACGUGAACGUAAAAUGCGUAUACGUUAUCAAACACAAAUCGAGGGUGGCAAACGUAAAUCACCAAAUGCGGGUGGUGUAAAUACCAGCAAUACGGCCUCAAAUCUAAGCGGCAACAACAAUAAUAACAACAACAGCAGCAGCAACAAUAAUAAUAACAACAACAGUAGCAGCAAUAAUAAUAACAACAACAAUAAUAAUAAUAAUAACCACAAUACAUCAUCAUCAACAAAUUCCAAUAAUAGUGUUAAUGACGACGUCCGUUCAAUAGAUUCCACCUCAUUGCACAGCAAACACAGUGGCAGUAUUUCGGAUUUAACAAGAAAAUCAGAACAAGAUAAUGAUGGCAAACAAAGUGAAAAGUCUGAUAAAUCUUCAAUGUCCUCAAUAAACUCGCAUCACUCACAAGCGCCACAACAGCAACAACAACAACAGCAGCAACAACAUUCUCUACUUCCUCCUCAACAGAGUGAUGAUCAUCAUCAACAGUCACAACGCCAUUUACGCCAUCAUUCGGAAAGUCCUAGCUUCAAACGUGAACCUCAAUCGGAUCAUGAAGGUGAUAAUCAUUCUUCGAUUCCUCAUCAUGCUCAUCAUAAUCGUGCUCUCAGCGAUAGUGGUCGUCACUCAUCGUCGGAUCGUCUUAAUGAUCGUGAUCAUGAUGAUGAACGUCGCUCUAGUGAUCGCGAAAGUAAUCGUCCUCCUUCGUCUCAUGCCGAAAAUAGUUUGGCUGUUGCUGCUGCUGCCGCGGCGGCUGCAGCUGCUAAUGGUAAAGGCCAAUGGCAAUAUCCGGGCAUUGAUCUUAUGGCCACUGGGGCUUUUUGGCAAAAUUAUUCGGAAUCUUUGGCCCAAGAAAUUGAAUUGGAACGUAAAACCCGUUCCGCCAAUGCUGAACGUGAUGUUAAAAGUCCAUUGGCUGAAAGACAAGCGGCGGCCUAUUACAAAAAUUCCGUACUAUUUGGUAGUGCAAAUUAAAUAAAAAAGGUAUUUAAUGAAAAAACUCUUUUAAUAAAGGACUUUUUAGAACGAAAGAGAUAUAAAGGAGUUUAAGUAAAAAAUCAUGAUCUCAAAGUGCAAUUGUGGUGGAAAAAAGAGAUUUACAAAGAAAGUUUAUUGAUUAAAAACAGAAAAGGACAUUUUAUUAUAGCAAAACAACUAAAUAGUCCCCCCAAAUUAAAGUAGUAAAAGAAAAAAACUUACAAAUAUUUGCUUCAAAAAGAAAAAAAUAAGAAUUUUAGCA